AUGAGUAACAUUCAAAAAUUAGAUGCUUAUGAGAAAAAAGAUAAAAUCAAACAGAUUAAAAGAUUAACAAAGAAAGCUAAGACAAAAGUUAAUGAGAGAGUUCAAAAACUUAAAGAGAAAGUUAAUGUGAUUAAAGAAAAUUUUGAAACACAUUUUGCAAGAGUUUGA